AGGCAGCGCCUGCCAACAUGUCCGCAGAGGGCUGAGCUUCCCCUCCUCUCUCCUGGAGCCGGGAGGGGAGCUUUCCAUGGUGGAUUUCACUCUCCUGGGUGAAGGUCCUGCCGAAUGUGGGCUACCCCAGCAGCAGCGGCAGCAGCAAGGUCCAGAGGUCCCAUUAGGUGGACUCAGGUGAGCCCAGGCGGAGGUGGCCGAGGAGCUGGCGACUCUGCAGAGAAACCCCCUCCCUGCAGGGGAAGCAGAGCUCACCAAGGGCAAGGCUGACUCCCGUGAACUCCGGCGGAGCUGGCCUGGAUCCCGGGUCUCCCCAGACGAGCCCCCACCGCAGCCGCGGCGGCAGAGGAAGCCAGGCAUUGCCAAGUUCCAGCUUGAGUCGGUAAAUUCGGCAGAGGUGGCCUGGAGGCUGGUAACUGUCCAGCCCCACCCCCCGCAGGCAGAACCACUGGGAGCCGCGCACUUUCUGCCUCUUCCCCUGAAGAUAAUCCAGCUUUCCCAGUCCGCUCUCGUAGCCACAUUCCCAGGAGGACUUACCUCGGGCAAGUUACUUAACUUCAUUGGGCUCCAGUCUCCUCAUCUGUAAAAUGGGGGUCGGUCUGGAUCUCACAGCGCCCUUUCCCUCUCUGAGUCCAGAGUCUGUGCUGUUGUUGGCAGGGGGGCAGGGCACCGUGUAGGUGGGGCUUUCUCCUAUUCCCCAGGCAGACCCCAGCCGAGGGACUAGCAUCCAUCCCAAAGUCGCCAGCCGAAGUGAGCCAUGAAAAACGAAGGGACAAUAUCUGCCCUGGGACUCAGGGGUUGCGUGGGGUCACUCAGAAGCAGUGAGCCCGUGGGUUUGGCCCCACCCCCGUCUCUGCUCCAGAGCUUGCUGGAAGAGGCUGCAGACUACCUAGUGGUGCACCGGAACUUCAAGGCAUGCCUGGAGACAUGCCAAAGGGGCUGUGAGAGACUGGGCUCUUGCUUGCAGGCAGAGGAGUGUGAGGACAGCAAGGACCUGAAGUGCUUCCUGUGUGUGGUGGGGAUCCAGGCCCUGGCGGAGAUGGAUCGGUGGCGAGAAGUUCUCUCUUGGCUUCUGCAGUAUUAUCAGGUCCCAGAACAUCUGCCCCCCAAAAUUCUGGAACUGUGCAUUCUUUUAUACAGCAAAGUAAAGGAACCCCAGGCGAUCCUGGAGGUGGCCAGCAAUUGGUUGAGAGAUCCGGCCAAUCGAGACCUGCCAGAACAUGGGGCCAUAUUUGAACUUCAUCUGUUUCGGGUGCUGUUGCCCUUGCACUGUUGGACAGAUGCAGAGGAUAUGGCUGGGCUCUGUGCAGAGGAGGAACAGAGACAGGCUGCUUCUCAGGCCAUCUACACAGCAAGGCAGCAGCAAGAGGAGAACCUCGAGGAAACCAGGGAACCGGACCCACAAAAGGAGAACCAGGGAGGCACCUUCUGCCGAAAGCUGCUGGCCCUGUGGAAGUUGCUACGGUGGUUGCUAGCGUCUGUGGUGGACCAUCUCCUUUCUCUGCCCUUAAAGAGGACCUUCUUGAUUGCUUUGAUCCUCUGCCUCUUGGUAGUGAGAUUUGAUCCAGCUUGUCCCUCUUCACUGCCUUUCUUCUACAAGUUGGCUCACGUCUUCUAUCGCAUUCGAGGGACCAUCUUUUCUCCAUGCUACCUGUCAUCUUAUAACUUGUGAUGGAGUGAACUCUGCAACACAACUUGGCUGUUCCACUCUUGGCAGUGACACUGGCAGAACGUCUUAUUGACUUCUACAUUCUUUCAGCUUGAUGUCUGGGGCCUGUGUUAUUUUAGGGCUAAUGAUAAUCUGGGAAAGCUAGGUCUGGUCACGUGGACUACAGCCUGCCCAACAAAAUACCUGGGGGGGGGCAGAUAUGGACUGUGAUACUGCCCCCAACCUCUCUCCUCUUUAUAGAUUCCACCUUCUUUAGUCUCAGUGCCAUGAUUCUAGGUGACGAGGAAGUCGUUGGUGCCAAUAAAGGCCUUCUCCUUUAGGAUAACUCACUACCGAGAGGCCCUCUCAAAUGGGAUAAUUUUGGAAUGAUGAACAGGAGUUAUGGAAUAUUCUUGUCUCUGUCCAGAGGAAGGAUCAUUGAGAAGUAGGCUUGGUGACUAGAGACUGAGUCACAUGGGAAGGGUCAGAGCAUUUGAACCUAAUUGAAAAAGACUCUGGCUCUUUAUCACAUAGAAGUAUUGCAAAGUCUAUCUGAAAUUCAUUCUAUUAAUUAGCAUGAAUGAGACCUGAUGGUGGAAAAUGCUUUUGUUUCUCAAGAGAUGAUAAAAAAUUUGAACCUCUACAUAGAUUCCAAAGCUCUCAGAAAAUUAGGGGCAGCUAGGUGGCACAGUGGAUACACUGCCAGUCCUGGAGUCAGGAAGAUCUAAGUUCAGAUCUGGCC